AUGCAUUCAAUUAAAUUAAAUGACAAUGAACUUGAACAACUUCCAUUUCAAAUCGAUGAUUUAACUGUUCGUCAAGCAACAUCUCAUUUCAUUUUACUUGAAUCCAAAGAUAUGCAUAUUGCCUAUGAUGGAAAUGCUGUUUAUAUCACAUUAGAAUCAUUCUAUCGAGAACGUAUUCGGGGUCUUUGUGGAUCAUUUGAUUACAAUCAAGAUAACGAUUUACGUUUACCGAAUGGCAAAUUAACAUGUGAUACGCAUAUUUUUAGUCGAGCUUAUUUGAUUAAUGAUACUGAAUCCAGCAGUAGUGCAGAAGUAGAUGUAUCAGAAAAAUUCGAUCGAGAAGAAGCUGAAAAAAUUUGUCAUCAAAUAAGAGAUAAUGUUUGUAAAUCUGGUGCAUAUGUUCAUGGACUUCUAUUAUCUUGUAUCGAAGAUCAACGUGUUAUACGAAUUACUAUGAAUAAUCGAGCUUCUUGUUAUUGGCAUUCAAUAUUUGCUCAUGCAUGUGCUUUGAUUGGUUAUGAUCUACCACAAAAGUAUACAAAAUGGCGAGAUGAAUGUCAAUCAGUCUUCGAUCAAUGUGGUGCUGGAACUAUAUAUGACGAAUGUCCUUAUUCAUGUUUAAAUGCCUGUUCAGAUAAAGAUGACGAACAUGAGUUAAAUUCUGUUUGUAGACAACAAUGUCUUGGUGGUUGUGUUUGUGCUAAAGAUAAUUAUUAUGAUACAAACCAAAGCAGACGUGAUCCAUUAAGAUGUAGCAAAGAAUCAGAAUGUUCAUGUUUUGAUGAACGAACAAAGUUGUAUCAUACACCUGGUUCAAUUAUAAAACAUGGUCAAUGUUCAACUUGUAUUUGUCUACGUGGUCAAUUUCAUUGUAAUAGCAACAAAUGUAACAAGUCGAAAAUUAUUUGCCCUAAUAAUUUAAUAUUCACGGAAACAAGCUUGACUUCAUGUCCAAAAACAUGUUCGAAUCAUUUAAUAUGGAAAAAUUGUCACAAAUAUCGAUCAGGGUGUGAUUGUCCAACCAAUAUGAUUCGCGAUGAAAAUACAAAUAAAUGUGUAUUUCCUAAACAUUGUUCAUGCAAAUUAAAUCAUAACAUAUUUCCAUAUGGUGCGAAGAUCACUCAAGACUGUAACGAAUGGUGUGUAAUUCCAUUAAAACAAUUUUCUUAUUUAUUUCAUUUAUUUUUUAGCACAUGUGUAUCAGGACAAUGGUCAUGUACUGAAGUGGAUUGUUCACGUACAUGUAGCAUUUUACGAAAUACACAUUAUACAACAUUUAGUGGACAAUAUUUGAGAAUCAAUAGCGGUUCAUGCGAAUAUACCGCAGCUCGAUUUAAACAUAAUGCAAAAAAAUUUACUCUCAUAUUGAGUAAUAAUGUGUCCACUAAAUAUGAUCAUUCAUUACACAGCCAUUUGACUAUUGACGAAACACACAUUUCAUUAGCAUCGGAUAAAUCCAUUCGUGUUAAUGAUACAGUUCUAACAAAAUUACCGGCAUCACCCUUACAUUAUUUAUCAUUUACAAUUUAUAAAGCUGGGUUAUUUGCCAUCAUUAAUGGAAGUCAUUUUAUCGUUAGAUGGGAUUUUGGUAAUCGAAUUUAUUUAACCAUCGGAAAUAAAUGGAAAAGAAAAUUAGAUGGUGUCUGUAGUGAACGUAGUCGUCCUAACAAAGGCUUAAUUAAGAAAAAGGAGAAAUAUACAAAUGUAUGGAAAGUCAAUAGUAAAUGUAAAGUUGAAAUAAAUAAACCAAAUGAUGAUGAAGAAAAAUGGAAAUGGGCUCAUAAGAUAUGCGUUAAUAUUUUGAAUGAUAGUUCAUCCACAAAAAAUCCAUUUUCUUCUUGUUUGAAAAAAUUCAGUCAAGAACGUCGAAAAGCUUUAUAUGAACAAUGUAUCGAAGAAACAUGCGGUUGUGAAAUUGAUGGCUAUGAUUGUCCUAACCUUUGCUCAUGGUUUGCCUCUUUGUCAGAACUCUGUUGUAAAGAAGUUCAUUCAAUUGAGCAUUGGCGAAACGAUGAAUUCUGUCCUUUGACAUGUGAAGAAAAUGAAGAAUACAAAUCAUGUGGAACAUUAUGUCAAAAAACUUGUAACGAUCUAGACAUCACAUCCAAAAUGAAAUGUUACAAUGAUACAUACAAUGAGGGAUGCUAUUGCAAAGAAGGUUAUGUACUCAAUGACAACGGUGAUUGUGUUAAACCAUCAGAAUGCUCAGGAAAAACAACUAAACAACCAAGAUCGAGUAUUCGUCCUUCAAAUGCAUCUGAAACAACUGAGAAAGCAUCUUCAACAAAGAAACCAUCAGAUUUUACCGGUAGGUUCUCUAUAAAAAUAAAUAAGUUAAAUUUAUUCUACUUUUUAAAUUCCAAAUUGAAUUAUUCCCCACAGAUUUACGAGAUCAAGCUUUUUUUAGCUUCGGUAAAGGUCUGAUUCUGGUCAUCAUCUUGCCAACUUUGACCUCGUUCUUUCUCUUUCUUCGUCCCUACUUCGAGAAAACUCUUGGACAAUUUACUUUCACUAAGCCUAAAAAGUCCUUAAAUACAUGAAUUUGAGAAGAAUCAUUAAUCUCCUUUCUUCUUCUUCCAUCUCGUCAUCUAUAGUGCGCAUUGAGACGGACACGUGGCUAAAAGUGAACAUAGAGCUUUUCAAAUUUUAAAUAAAGGAAGAUACACUUGAAAAUAUAGCCUAUCUAAUAUUAUGAACAACUUUGUUACAACCCUCAAAGAAACUGAAAAAUCAGUUGUCCAAAAAUUAGUCUGGAAAUCGUGCUAUCACUAGGAAAAUUUGAUAUGUGUUGAUAUGUGACAAAAUUAUACUGUUGGAUAAACAAAUUAGCCACAUAUUUCGAAUCUUCAAGUUGAGCUCUAUGCAAUGCUAAAACAUAUUGUUUAACUUGCAGGUUUAACUUUCAAGAAAAAAAAAUGUUUUCUACAGUGUCGCUCGAACGGGUAGUCCCGUGAAAUGAGCAAUCCAUCUACAGCCAACUUCCGAAAUUUUAUAAAUUUUGCCAGAAUGUUCUUCUGUCUACUUCCUCUAAUCCCUGUUAGUGCAAAUAUUGCUAAAAUGCACAGGAAAUUUAAAAACAUCUAGCUUGUCAGGUAUUUUUCAGUUUUUCUAAUUUUGGAAAAAUACUCAAUCGACAAAAAAAUGUAUUUGGAAUUAGUGUAUUAAACUGGGUUGAAUCAUAUAUAGCAUAAAACUUUUGAAGAAGAGUUUUCCUUGAGAAAAUGAAGGUAAGAGUCUCUCAAGGUAGUUGUCGGCAAAAAACAUUUUUUCUCAAAAAUAUUUUCUUUGUCUUAAAUAUGUUAUUCUGCUACAUAACCAAUCAUUUCUCAGGAAAGACAUAUAUGUCCACCUGCCAUGCAACAAACGCAUACUGUACCCCCUCACAUCAACCGUGAAGCUCUAAUCUCUUUAGUCAUUUCGUAGAACUAAUAAAACUACAAAUGCUGUGACAUUUUCAUGACUUGCCAGAUUCUUUUCAUUGAGUUAUGGUUUUCGGAGAUUACAUGGCUUUAUAAGACUUCUGGCGGUAUGAAAAGACGAGUACACACAAGAGCACAGUUUCGCCUUUUUUAGUUUUGAAGAUUUCAUCUCCACCGUUGUUGAUGUUUUUUCGUACGAAUGUUUAUAUAGCUGCCUAGUAUCAAUAGAUAACUGCGCAUUUAGUGCGUCGCGAAGAGAGAUCCUGUUUACUUUACACCUAGGGGUGUCAAUUUACAUUUACUUGUAAUUUAAUUUACGCGUAAAAUAAAUUAUCAUAUUUCUGCACAAUACUUUACAUAAGAAGUAUCCUAGUCUUAAUAUUAUAUUUAUGUAUAAUUUAUUUGUUGUACUAUCUUUUCAUUCAAUUAGUAGUUCUUAAUUUACGAAAAGAUCUCACUACUUAUCGUGAUGAGGUUUUCAAAGAGCAGUCAAAUCAGACUUUACGGACUAGGGAAAUAGAAAAAGCCGCAAAUAUCAAUGAAAAGUUUAAAACAUUGUUCGAGAACUACAUAUUUAUUAGAAAUCAUUAAUUCAUUGUGAUCAAAUGUAGUUAGAGCUUGGAGAUACAAAAAUAGAUUUUUUUCCACAGGAUAAAGUAUUAUUUCAAUCUAAUUCAGUGACGAAUGAAUGCUAAUUUUGAAACGUUUCUCAUAUGCAAAAAUAUUCAUUAGGUUUUCCUAAAUAGUUUUUCUGAUAGGCACGAGGAAUAUUUCAAGACAUACCAUGUUUAUUCCUGUGUUGUUUAUCAACUAUUUUUGAUAAAUAGUUUCUUCAGAUAGACAUGAUAUAAAUAGAAAAAAAACGAUAGGCACAAAAACUCUUAAUUCAUAAUGUAAAAGUGUUUUAGUAUUUUAUUUGUGUCUCAUUGAAGAUGUUAUUUUCCUUCGGCUGAUAUGAGAAAUAUUUAAGUUCUUAUUUCUAUCUAGUAAUUACUUCUAUAAUUGGAUAUUGAAACGAAGACUUUUGACUUUUAUCCCACAUCAUACUUUUCUAAUCUUAAAAGAAGGCUAAUCGAAUCCGUCUUUUAUAUUUAUUUUAAUUUGCCGCGAUAGAAGAAAUUAUAAAAUAUGCAUCUGUUACUAUGAUUUUGUCAACAAUAAACUCAAGAUGCUGUUUGAAAAAAAAGGAAUCUGUUAAAUUGUAAUGAUCAUACACGCUAUGAAAUCGUUUUCUCUUUUUUCAAAUCUGUAGCCAUUACAAUUUCCAAUAUGCUAAGAACGAUCAGGUUUAGAGAGCAGUAUUUAUGACUCUUUAUAACAGCAAUAAAAGUUAAACAUUUUAUAAUAACAAUAAAAAAUGCGGAAACUUCGGAUUUAAAUCCGAGAGUUAUGUGUACUUCAAAAAGUGAAUCAUAUGAACCAGUCAUCCUAGACUGUCUGAACAUCAAAAUUAUACUGUGAAAUCUACCAUUUAAAAUGUUGAUUUCUCUUGCGGGUUACCAAACCAAUAGGACUUGAGACCGAAUACAGCUCAGAUUUGAACUCUUUCCCUUGAUUUACCCUAACAAAGUCAUUUUUCCUAUAACUUCAUUUCUAUUGGUCACUGCAUAGCUAAUAGUAUUUCGAUGGAAGUGCAGUACACAUUCGAGUUCUCCAUCUCUGAAAACCUCAGAGUAUCAUCACUGUGAUCGGAAGAUAGAGCUCUCUUUGUGGAUCAAUUAGAUCGUGGACCAAAAUAUAACCUAGUUCUCUUCAAUUAUCCUUGUCAUAGGUAAGUCAACCUUCUUAUUUCUUUAUGUUUUAUAUAUCAUUUUGUAGCUCUUGAAAUUCUCUAUCGAAUGGUAUAUAAUAGUUGGGGUUUUAAUUGACUAUGAGAGGAAAAGUCUUUUACGAAAGUCGCGAUGGGUCCAUUUUUCCACAGAAAGCUAUAGGGAAAAAUGGAUAUUUUUGAAAUAACUCAGGAACGGCUCGGCCGAUCCUUCUCAUCUUCGAACUCGACCGAGAUAUUGUCAAGACUAAGCUGUAUAGAAAGUUUCAUCGAAAUCUGACUCUCCUUUCGAAAGUUAUCGUGUUAACGGCCGGACGGCCGGACGGCCGGACGGACACACUGACCGAUUCUAGAGUGUACUCACUUUUUGAGUACACAAAAAUGAAUACUAUAAAGUUUCUUCUAUCCAAAGAAACUGAAACUAUAAUUUAGAAAAACUUCAUUCGUUUUCAUAAGACUAGAAAACUUUAAUAUUGUAUGGCAGUCAAAAGUCAUCAUUUUAGAUCCUAUUGUACAGGCUGUUAUGAAACCAUUAUGGCCCACUCUACAACUUAAAGU